AUGAACAACGGGCGGAGUUAUCGCCGCGUGUGGAUCUCCAGAGGGGCCAGCGGUAAAGUAGAGACGGCGCGAGACCCGAAGCGGCGCGCCCGCACCGCAGCGCAGCGCGACAGCGCGGCCCGGGCGCGAGGUGAGUUGCUGCUUAAUGAAAUUGAGAUUCUCAAACUGCCGGUUUGCUGGGGUGGUCGACGGCGUGAAGGCGGCGCAAUGAGAGAGCGCGAUGUCCAGAUAUUCCCGCUGUCCUCACCAGAAUGCGUCGGGCACGGCCACCCUCGCGCCUCUGCACCAGCCGCAGCUCAGGUGAUCUUCAUCGCAGGCAUCCUGACGGGCAUCUCGCUGACGAUCGCGGGCAGUGUGCUGCGGCACGCGCCGUCGCGCACGCUCUCUCCGUCGCCGUCGUCGUCUAGCGGCGGCGCGGAGGGCGGCGGCGGCGGCGGCCGGGACAAGGCGGUGCUGGUGUACAUCGGCUGCCUGGUGGGGCUGGUGUGCGCGCUGCUGCUGGCCGUGCAGUGCUGCGUGCGACGCAACGUGAAGCGGCGCAAGCGGGCGCUGCGCAUGUCGAUGGCGGCGGCGGCGGCCGGGCGGCGAGGGCUGGCGCACGCUCACGCGCACGCCCACGCGCACGCGUCGGCCGGCACGCUCCCGCACCCGCACGCCCACGCGCACGCCCACCCGCACGCCCACGCGCCCCCGCCCGGCGCGCAGCAGGGCCCCGUCCACCUGGCGCACGGCGGGGACAUCCCGCUGCAGGAGCUGCAGUACCAACCGCUGCUGGUGCGCCUGGUGCAGCAGCAGGCCACGGCGGCGUCUUCCUCGUCGUCGGGCAACCAAAGACUAGCGGCCGCCGCCGCCGCCGCCGCGGGCCCCGCCCCCGCGCACUACCACCGCCCCGGCCACGCCGCCCCCGCCGCCUACAGGAUGGAGAAGAUUUAG